AGUGGCACAACGUGAACUCCACAGCAUCUACCUCGCUCCAUCUAUUCUUGUUCUUUCGUAAACCUCUGUGCUUCCUUCAAGGGCGUUGCUUUCAACUUAGUGUUUCUUUUUUUUCUCCAGUCACUCAUUACGCAAAUACCGGGAAGCCAACGCCGCCCUGCUGAGAGGAGCAUGCAACUCUCUGCUGCUGUUGCUUUCAAUAUUAACCGAACAGUGUAAACAUAUAUAUACACAAACUACCGACACCGUUGGAGGAGUCACGUGUACGAUAACUCCAACAAGACAACGUCCUCUGCUUCCAUUCUUCAAUGUUGCUUUACGAAUUGCUGAACCCCCCUCUCCCCCCGCCUCCCCAUUCAUUCACCCCUCCUACCUAUUAAACCACUUUCAACGACUUUGCUGUUGCACCCCAAGUGUCUUCCAUUGCAUCUGAUAUAUAUAGUAAUCCAUAGUGCUUUUAAUUAUUCUUAUUUUCCGCCUCUGCUGCCGUGUGUUCCGUCCUCUACAAGCAAAAGCGCGCCGAGUAGAAAAGGAAAACAAAAAUAUAUAUACGCGUUUGGUGUCUUUCUCCUUCCCGCACGCGUACGCGUACACAGGUGUGGAGGUGACGCAGGGAGAGAGAUACAAAUCGACCUGUUAUUAUGGUACCGCAAGACGAGACGUGAAGAAGAGCCUACUGCCGUGCACGCGGAUGACGCGAGGAGAGACGAACAAGGCUGAUCGGGCGGCAAAUGAGCCGACGCAUGACCCCGCACUCGUCUUAGCAAGGAAGGCAGCGGACGAGAAUAACGGUAGCGAAAAGGAUGACUCUCUUCCUUCCUCCACCAGCCUCGACAGCGAGAAGGAUGCCGCCCAGCGAGUGUCCGUUCUGGAGAUCUUUCAUUUUGCCGAUCGCAAGGACCUGCUCCUGAUGGCAGUCGGCCUCGUCGCCGCGAUGGUCGCUGGCGGCGGCAUGCCGGCCUUCUCCUUCGCCUUGGGCCGUCUGGUAAACGACCUGCUCUCCACCAGUCCGGAGACGUCCGCCGCGCAGUCCGCGUUGAUUAUGGUGUAUAUCGGCAUCGCUGUUUCCAUCGCCUGCAUGGUGCACGUCGCGUGCUGGUGCGUCGCGGCGGUGCGGCAGGUGUCCCGCAUCCGCGCCAGCUACUUCUCGGCGGUGCUGCGGCAGGACAUGGGCUGGCACGACGCCCACAAGCCCGGCGAGCUGACGGCCCGCAUGACGGGCGACACCCGCAUCGUGCAGAACGGCAUCAACGACCGCUUCUCCCAAGGAGCUCUGAACCUCUUCAGCGGUGUCUUCGGUUUCGCCUUUGGCUUUGUGUUUUGCUGGGAGGUGACGCUUGUGAUGCUGGGGAUGAUGCCCUUCGUGGCGCUCGCUGGGGCGCUGCUGGGCAACGUCUUGGCGAAGGCGUCGUCGGAGUCCCGCAAGCAGUUCGCCACCGCCGGCUCCAUCGCGACGGAGGUGAUCGAGAACGUGCGCACUGUUCAGCUCUUCGGGCAAGAGGAGCACGAGGUAGAGCGCUUCCGCGCCGCCGUCCGUCUGUCCGAGAAGCCCGGCAUGAAGCGCGAGUUUGUGAACUCACUCUCGGUGGGCACGACGAUGGGCCUCGUUAUCCUCACCUACAUGGUGGUCUUCUUCUUCUCCCAGUACAUCAUCAUCUGGGGCCGCUCCACCAUCGGCGACAUCGUGGCCACCUUCCUGUCCGUCCUCUUCGGCAGCAUCGGCAUUGGGUUCUUCUUUCCCAGUCUCACGGCCUUCGCGGAGGCGCGUGCCGCCGCCCACGUCCUCUUCACCACCAUCGCCCGUGUCCCUGCUAUCGACAUCGACGCUGGCGGUCUGCCGGUGACCGCCUUUGUAUCAGACCUUCGAUUCGAGCAUGUGCGCUUCUCCUACCCCACCCGGCCCGACCAGGUCCUCUUCACCGACCUCAACCUCACCAUUCGCCGCGGCCAGAAGGUGGCCUUCUCCGGCGCGUCCGGCUGCGGCAAGUCCUCCAUCAUCGGUUUGAUUCAACGCUUUUACGACCCCGCGGCCGGCGCGGUCUUAGUGGAUGAGGUAGACAUGCGGGAGCUCGACCUCUUCCAGUGGCGCGAUCAGAUCGGGAUUGUCUCGCAGGAGCCGAACCUGUUUGCGGGCACGAUGGCGGAGAACGUGCGCGUCGGCAAGCCCGGCGCCACCUUCGCCGAGGUGGUUGCCGCGUGCAAGCAGGCGAACAUCCACGACACGAUCAUGGCGCUCCCAGAUCAGUACGACACCUCCGUUGGUGCGGUCGGGUCGCAGCUGUCUGGUGGGCAGAAGCAGCGCAUUGCGAUUGCGCGUGCACUCAUCAAGCGACCGGCGGUGCUGCUAUUGGAUGAGGCGACAAGCGCGCUCGACCGCAAGUCCGAGGUAGAGGUGCAGGCGGCACUGAACCAACUCAUGCAGGAGAGCAAUAUGACCAUCGUCGUCAUUGCGCAUCGCCUCGCCACGAUCCGCAACGUAGAUUGCAUCUACUACGUGUCCUACGACGGCGUGCACGGCAGCUGCAUCACGGAGCAGGGCACCUACGACGCGCUGAUGCAGCACAACGGAAUGUUCGCUGCGAUGGCCAAAUCGCAAGGCGGUGUCCACGAGGCGGCGGGAGAAGGGAAAGGCACGGCUUCAGAGGUGAAGAACGGCCAAGGGGGCACGACAGCCACGCCUACGUCAUCAAAUGCAGCAGCAACAGCGGCAGAAAGAAGCGAGGAGCGCGGUGAAGACCGGUUGAACCAGUUCCUGGAUGCGGAGCAGUUGGCAAAGCUGGAGGCAGAAGUCCCGCGGACGGAGCGGCAGAAGGUACCAAUUGAGCAGCUGGCAGACUGGGAGGUGUCCCGCACGGACGUCGCGCCGUGGCGGCUGCUGAAGAUGAACCGCGGUCACAUCUGGGCGCUCCUCCUCGGUCUCCUCGGCUCGCUCAUCGCCGGUGCUGUGGCGCCCAUCAACACAAUCCUCCUCGGAAAGCUGAUGUACGCCGUGGCGACCUACCAAAUCACACGCGACCAAGACGCGCUGCAUCAUGAAAUGAACGUGCACGCACCGCUGUUCGCCGUCGUCGCGUUCGGUGCGUUUGGUGGCUGGCUCCUCCAGUUCUUCUACGGCUACGCCGGGGAACUGCUCACCACGAAGCUGCGCACACUGCUGUUUCAGCGCAUCCUCCGGCAGGACAUGUCCUUCUUCGACACCCCCGGGCGCGACGCCGGCACCUUAUCCGGUAUGCUCUCCGGCGACUGCGAGGCCAUACAUCAGCUCUGCGGACCUGCCAUCGGCAUCCGCAUCCAAACCGCCUGCACCGUGUGCGUCGGCGUUAUUAUCGGUCUCUGCUACCAGUGGAAGCUAGCGCUGAUCGCGACGGCCUGCCUGCCGCUUGUCAUCAUCGCCUCCCUCAUGGAGCAGAUGAUGAUGAUCGGCGCGAAUCAGCAGAAGGAGGGCGACAGCGAUGACACCGUCGUGACGGAGGCGUUGUCGAACGUGCGCACCGUCACCUCCUUCAACCUGCGACGCGACCGCACGGCCGCCUUCAAGCGCCUGCUAAAGCAAGAGCAGCCCCGCACGGUGCGGCGCAACAUCAUCGUCGGUGUCAUCUACGGUGCCUCCCAGUUCGUCUACUACGGCUCCUUCGCCCUCUGCUACUGGUACGGCGGCAAGCUGAUCAUGAAAGGGGAGGCGAACUUCGAGAAGGUGAACGUGGCCUCGCUGUCGGUGUUGAUGGGGGCGAUAUCGGCAGGCGAGGCCGGUGGCUUUGCGGCGAAGAUGGGUGACGCACGCAAGGCAUCGCGGCGCGUCUUCAGCGUCAUGGACCGCGUCCCGGACGUCGACAUCGAGGACCCGGCCCGGGACGCCGUCGUGGACCUCACCAUGACGGCGCAGGAAGGCGUCACUGGGUGCGACAUCACGCUGCGUCACAUGAAGUUCGUCUACCCCGCUCGUCCGAACCAGGUGGUGUUGAACUCCGUCGACCUGGACAUCUACGCCGGCUCGAGCAACGGCUUGAUGGGGGAGACCGGGUGUGGGAAGUCGACCAUCAUCCAGCUCCUCGCCUGCUUCUACGCCCCACGCUGCGGACAGCUCCUUAUAAAUCACCGCUUCUCCAUCGAUCAGCUCAGUCUCUGCGCGUGGCGGCGCAACCUGAGCAUCGUCCUGCAGGAACCAGACCUGUUCAGCGGCACGGUGCGGGAGAACAUCGUGUAUGCGGUGCUCAAUAGCGAGGCGGCGGCGGCGACGGAGGAGGAGGUGGUGCAGGCCGCGAAAUGGGCGUGCAUCCACGACGACAUCCUCGCGAUGCCGGAGGGCUACAACACGCAGGUGGGGUACAAGGGCCGUGCGCUGUCGGGGGGGCAGAAGCAGCGCGUCGCAAUUGCGCGCGGACUGCUGCGUCGCACGACGCAGGUGCUGCUGCUGGAUGAGGCGACGAGCGCGCUGGACAACACGACGGAGGCGAAGGUGCAGGACGGUAUUGCGGCGUACAUCGAGGCUCGUCGGCGCGGCGGGAACGCGGUGACGGUGAUCAGCGUUGCCCACCGUCUCACCACCAUCCGCAACUGCGAUCAGAUCAUCGUACUGGAUGGCGGCUGCAUCCUGGAGCGGGGCACCCACGACGAACUGAUGGCGCUGAAUGGGGAGUACAAGGCGCGGUGGGAUCUCUACACCGCAGGGGUGGCGGUGCAAUAG